AGAAACAGAGACAAAGACAGAAUUAGGGAAAGAAAGAGAGAGAGUAGAAAACAGACAAAUUCACAGAAUUAGAAAUACAAAGAGACAGAAAGGGAUAGAAAGAGAAACAGAAAAUUAGACACCAAAGAGAUACAGGGAGAAAGACAGACCAGACUGAGGGAAGGACCGAGAAGCAGGCGGCAGAAGCUGGGCAGAGCGUGCCAGCGGGCGGGUGGAGGGGCGCCGGGCAAGGAGAUGUAGUGCCCGGCCGGCUGGGUGGGCAGAGAAGCAGCUGCCUCAGCGGGGGUGGGGGGAAUGGGCGGGCCAGGCAUUCUGCUCCUGCUGCUGGCCACAGUGGGGAUGGGGGUGGCCUGGAGACCCCCAAAGGGAAAGUGUCCUCCCCCCUGCUCCUGCUCCAAAGACAGUGCCCUGUGUGAGGGCUCCCUGGACCUGCCCGUGAACUUCUCCCCGACCCUGCUGUCACUCUCACUUGUCAGGACUGGAGUCACCCAGCUGAAGGCUGGCAGCUUCCUGAGGACACCGUCACUGCACCUGCUCCUCUUCACAUCCAACUCCUUCUCUGUGAUCGAGGACGAUGCAUUUGCAGGCCUGUCCCACCUGCAGUACCUCUUCAUUGAGGACAACGAGAUCGGCUCCAUCUCUAAGAACGCUCUCAGAGGACUUCGCUCACUCACACACCUAAGCCUGGCCAACAACCAUCUAGAGGCUCUCCCCAGAUUCCUGUUCCGAGGCCUGGAGACCCUUACUCACGUGGACCUCCGCGGGAACCCGUUCCAGUGUGACUGCCGCAUCCUCUGGCUGCUGCAGUGGAUGCCCACCGUGAACGCCAGCGUGGGGACUGGGGCCUGCGCAGGCCCUGCUGCCCUGGCCCACAUGCAGCUCCGCCAUCUCGACCCCAAGACGUUCAAGUGCAGAGGCAUAGAGCUGUCCUGGUUCCAGACGGUCGGGGAGUCGGCACUGGGCGUGGAGCCCUUCUCCUACCAGAGGGAACCCCACAUCGUCUUGGCACAGCCCUUUGCCGGCCGCUGCCUGAUUCUCUCCUGGGACUACAGCCUGCAGCGCUUCCGGCCUGAGGAAGAGCUGUCUGCGCCUUCAGUAGUGUCCUGCAAGCCGCUGGUGCUGGGCCCGAGCCUCUUCGUGCUGGCUGCCCGCUUGUGGGGAGGCUCGCAGCUGUGGGCCCGACCCAGCCCGGGCCUGCGCCUGGCUCCAACGCAGGCACUGGCCCCUCGGCGGCUGCUGCGGCCCAAUGAUGCUGAGCUCUUGUGGCUGGACCAGCAGCCCUGCUUUGUGGUGGCUGACGCCUCCAAGGCGGGCAGCACCACGCUGCUGUGCCGUGAUGGGCCCGGCUUUUAUCCACGCCAGAGCCUGCAUGCCUGGCACCGGGACACCGACGCAGAGGCCCUGGAGCUGGAUGGCAGGCCCCACCUGUUGCUGGCCUCAGCCUCCCAGCGGCCUGUGCUCUUCCACUGGUCUGGUGGCCGCUUUGAGAGGCGCACAGACAUCCCUGAGGCCGAGGAUGUCUAUGCCACGCGCCACUUCCAGGCUGGUGGGGAUGUGUUCCUGUGCCUGACACGCUACAUCGGGGAUUCCAUGGUCAUGCGCUGGGACGGCUCCAUGUUCCGCCUGCUGCAGCAACUCCCUUCCCGCGGCGCCCACGUCUUCCAGCCUCUGCUCAUCGCCAGGGACCAGUUGGCUAUCCUGGGCAGUGACUUCGCCUUCAGCCAGAUUUUCCGGCUGGAGCCUGACAAGGGGCUCCUGGAGCCAGUUCAGGAGUUGGGGCCCCCGGCAUUGGUUGCGCCUCGGGCCUUCGCCCACGUCACCGUGGACGGCAGACGCUUCCUCUUCGCCGCUUGCUUCAAGGGCCCCACGCAGAUCUACCAGCAUCAUGAGUUAGACCUCAGUGCCUGAGACACGACGCAAGCCUGGACGUGGCUUAGGAGACUGGCCUAGGACGUCCUGGGGCUCCAGACGUUUCCAUGGCCUACCUCCUGGCAUCACUUGGUGCCAGGUCCUCUGAGAUGCUGACCACAGCCCAAGUUCAUCACCCACAGAACUAGACCUUAGCCCAUUGGAUCUUCCAAGUUACCCUUCCAAUCUGAAGCAACAACUUGGCUGGGCAGAAACCCGGACCAUCCAGAGGCAACCCACGUGCUCAGGCUGGGGCGCUGCAAAGAGCCCACAGAAGUCGAGGAGGGAAGACUGUUCAGAGGGUCUGGACGUGCCCCCCUAACUCCCACUUUCCCUGCUCCCUACGAAAGUACUGAGGAGACAACACUCCUUUACCACUCCAAACUCAAAAUGCAAGGAGGAGCGCAGGGCCUAGCUGAAC